AUGUAUGUGGCAGCUACUGAAGAGGACGUUACAAAAGAUCAUCUUUGGAAAUUGAACUUUGAUGGAGCCUCAAAUGUUGUGGAAUAUGAGGCAUGUAUCAUGGGAUUCCGUAUAGCCAUAAAAAGCAAGAUCAGAGACCUGGAAGUAUAUGGAGAUUCUGUGCUAGUGAUUUACCAACUUAAAGGCGAAUGGGAGACAAGAGACUCCAAAUUGAUCAAUUAUCGAAGGUUAGUUCUGGGGUUAAUUGAGGAGUUUGAUGAUAUUACCUUCAAUUAUCUCCUGCGAUACGAAAACCAUAUGGCAAAUGCUUUGGCUACUUUGGCUUCCACGAUCAAAGUGAGCAAACAAGAGAAUAUAAAACCUAUUCAGAUGAGUAUUUACAAAGCCCAAUCUCAUUGUUACAACAUGGAGGAAGAAGAGAGAGAUGACCACUCUUGGUAUCAAGAUAUAUUGUGA